CCCGACUGUUUUUACCACCGCAUAUCAACACACCACCAACCGCCUUUCCCAUCAUACGCUUGAUCACUGCUUUCAUCUGUGGAACUCGCUUCUCACCCACCAUCGCCACGGUUCCCCUCGAUUCAUUGGAAUGCGUGACUACUAGACGGUCGUGGAACGUCUUGCUCGGCCCGCUUGAGCGCACCUCGACCGGCGUGAUCUGCCAACCUCCCCCCUCUCCCCCUCCUCUGUCCUCCACCCUGGACAGUCGACCUUGGAUCCACCGAAAUCAGGUCCUGAUUCCGAACACCAUCGAUAUACACCUAUCUCAGCCGAUUUCGAGCCGCGGGCUGCUCGGGCUUUGGCCGACCUCCUCCUUCACUCACCCUUCUCUUCCCGCACUCCCAUGUCGGAUCGCGCCUCCUCGGCAUCAUUUCGAGUAGGACCUCCUUCACCAGCAUCUCCCGCUCCCGAGUCUCUCAAGGAGACUCCACAAUUUUCAACGAUCUCCUCCGAUCAGAUUCCCCAGACCCCGACAUCACCUCCGUUGAUGUCGGUAAGCGCUCAUAAUUAUGCCACCCACUUCGUACCCUCGCAAACCUCACCUAGCCAGGCGACCUCACAACCCACCAGUCUUUCAUCCCCUCCGUCCUCUACUCCGAUGUCAAAUCAGCCAUCACAACAGCCGGUUGUAGGCGGGUCGGCAAACUCGUUCCCUACCCCCGCCAGCAGCGUGAGCGGACAUAUACCCGGCACGACUUCGUUUGACGAACCCGAUGCUCCAGCUAAGUCAAUGGGGUCAGGGCCCUCAGGAGGAGGCGCUAUCUCUACUGGUGGAGCGUUUGCGACCACCCAAAGAGCCGAACACAGACGGACAGAUCACGACCGGCAGCCAGGAGGAGAUUCGGAGGGCGCAGUCCGUGAUCAAGCCGCCACGGGGUUGCCCGUUCACAUCGAUGCGAUGGACAUUGACAGAGAGGCGCCAGGCUCUUCUGAUGGCACCAUGAGCCUUGAGUCGUUGCAACACAACUUUUCCUCGGCAUUUCAUCUCUGCAAAAGCUCCUACACUGCGACUGGUCCGGAUCCGUCACUGGAUUUGAUUUCCUUGUACGGGCUAGGCCCCGUUGCAAAAUCCGUCGCAAGAAUGGAUCCGGUGACAGGAGAGAAAAUCAAUCGGCUCCGGAAGUCUUACGAAGGCAAGCUCAAGGGGCUGGGACUUGCGGGCCGGAAUAAACCUGUGAAGCAUGAGCCUGGCGCACCCGGUGGAUUGAUACAUAUGACGAUGUGGCCCGAAGAGGAAUGGCAGAACCAGAAGGUGUUCGGCAAGGAGAUGAAGGUGGCUGAUAUGGACUCUGCGUUGCACGCGCUCCAAAUGAAGGCUAUGAAGAUGGAGCCCGGUGCGGUCCCCAACAGCGAACAAUGGGAAGAUGUUUUAGGUCACGAAAAACCAUCCAAGCAUGCUGGCGGCGGCGAUGCUGGCAAGAAGGCCGUUGCACCUCCGAAUGGAGCUCGAAUGCAAGCGAAUGGGACUCCUGGGCCGGGUGUCUCAGACGCGGAACGGAGUCGGCCCAGCCGGGGGCGCAAACGGCAUUACGACGAGAAUAGCUUUGUCGGAUACGGCGAAGGCUACGCAGAUGAUGAUGAUGACGGCGCAUUUUAUUCAGCUAGCGAUGGCAUGGGAAAGAAGAAACGGAAGAAGGUAGGGCCUUCGGGUGAUGAUGGUGCUUUGGGCUUCUGACAUGCUGAUUGCUUUUCUCUUCACUGCACAAAGGAUCACGUUUCGAAGAUAUCUACCCCUCUGCCUGACCGCAGUGGAAGUUACGGGGUAGGUAUGUUUGGGAUUGGGGCCAGAUAAAACGAGCAGCAGCAGCAGCGAGCGACACAGAAGCAAGCUUGUCGG